ACUGCUGAGGUAUAAAAUACAGAGCUGAGAAAUAACCACAACUAUUCAGCCGUUAAACACCAAAGGUGACUUAACAUGUCCAGUCUGCAACUUAAACCAUUUCUAAACGAAUCUCAAGUAGCUCUGUUGGAUGUCGAGGAAAAAGAGAUCAGGGUGGUGCUCAUUGGAAAAACUGGAGGAGGGAAAAGCAGCACAGGAAACACCAUCCUACAGAGAAAAGCUUUUAAUUCCACCAUGUCUGCUUCUUCAAUAACAUCUUCGUGUGAAAAGAAAACGGGAGAAUUUGAUGGUCAGCCUCUAGCAGUGGUUGAUACUCCAGGUCUGUUUGACACCAGAAUGUCUGAAGAGAAGAUGAAGAAGGAAUUUGCUAAAUGCACCUCGUUUGCUGCUCCAGGUCCUCAUGUGUUCCUGGUCGUGAUAAAUCUCAGCAGAUUUACUGAAGAAGAACAAAAAACCGUUGAAAUCAUCCAGGAGUGUUUUGGAAAAGAUGCAGCAGCUUACACAAUGGUUGUAUUCACUCAUGGAGAUGAUCUAGAGGCGGAAGGAGUCUCCAUUGAAAGAUUCAUCAGUCCAAAUCAAGCUCUCAGAGCAUUCAUCAGUCAGUGUGGUGGAGGGUAUGUGGUCUUCAACAACAGAGCUGAAGAUCCGUCUCAGGUCAGAAAGCUGCUGAGGAAGAUCGACAUGAUGGUUCUGAGGAAUGGAGGUACAUACUUCACUAAUGAGAUGAUAAAAGAAGCUAGAAAAGCCAUUCACCAGGAAUCGAUGCAGCUCCUCCUCCAGAAUGUGGGAAUGAAGUUAGACAAAGUUCGACGACUGGCAGAGAAGAACAACCCAUUUCUUCGCGCUGUCAUUGGUUGUAAUGCUAUAACAAUUGGAGCUGGUACUGGAGCAGCUCUUGGAACAUUGGGGGGUCCAGGGGGAACAGAACUGGGGGCUUCAGAGGGAACCACAGUGGUAUGGGCUACAGCUGUGUCAGUUAAAAAGUAUACCUGCAAUAUCCAGUGAUUAUCGGUACUGAUUGGAUUUGAUCACAUUUAGAAGUUUUGUCCUUAGUGCAAAAGGAAGUGUCUUUAGAUCUGUCUUUGAGAUGUUUUCAAAUAUUAAACAAAUAGCCUAAAAGUUUAGUUUGUGAUGUCUGAUUCAGCAAUAGACCGUGUAAAUACAAACACAUGAAAAGUACGGAGCCCUGCGCGGAAAUGAUCUUUCUUUUUCAAAUCAUGUUUGUUUUGGAAGAUCGCAAGAUUAUUCUCUUUUUCUUGAUGGUUCCGCUUCUCUCAGCCACGUGGGAUCAAUGGAGAAGUCUGAAGCUGUCCAGAGUUCUACGGUUAGGUACUUAUAAGCUCACAGCUACCAGGUUAGAGGGCCGUGAUUCAGUCACGCUGACUCAGCAUCUCGCAAAACAAACAGGACGUUAAAAAAAUAAACUCUUCUUCCCAAGUCCCCUGCAGGACUCGGUACAAAGCAGCCUGUUAAACUAAAAUAUAUCUAAACAUAUUUUUUUAGAUGAGAAAUAAUUUUGCUGUCACUCUACCACCCAGCACCUCUAACCUCUAAAUGAUGACUUAAUUUCCUGUAAAAUUUCAUUCUUUUGUGAUAUUUUAAUUUAUGUAUCCCAUGUAAUUCUGAUUUUUUUAGUUCUCACUUUAAUGAACAAAAAUGGCUUUGGAUGUUCUAUGUGAAAGACUAAAGUCUUAUUACAGAAACACUGAGGUGUUGUAAAGCAUGAUUAGUUUUGAAAAAUUAAAUUUCACUAAAAAUAUUUCUGAAGAAAAUUUGUCAUUCAACGCUCUGCACUACCAUGACAGAAAUAAAUCAUAUUAAGUCAUGA